AUGCCACCCCGCAAAUCGAAGAAAAAGCAGACGCGACUAGCUUUUGCGACUUCGACCGCUGCACCCUCAGCGGAUGUGAGUCUAGGGCAAAACAACCGAUAUGCAACACUCACAUAUGACAACCCAAGCCUGGGCACAUACCGUCCUCUCAAGUCUGUCAAAAGGCAGCCGGAGACUUCACCCGAGCAGAAACGGCCGAAGCUCCCCACCACGACGACGUCCAGUGAUAAACCCGCGAAAGAUCAAUCGGACAAUGAAUCCUUAGACAAACCCAUCGUCUCCGCCCCCCAGAAGAGAAAGCAAGCCCCGCCACCCGACAACAUCAAGGUGGUGAUCAACAGCCCACCAAAGCUCAAUGACCACAAAGUUGUGAAGAAUUCACGCUCGCAGAAACCACAACGAUCUUCACAAUCAUCAAAGAAACAGACUGAGAACACUGACGGUUCUGAUUCGGAGGAGCUAUCCCGCCCGCGCCGAACACUCAAGCGAAAGGCCGUAAGCCCACCAAUUGAGUCAAGCGACUCAGAUGAGCCAGUGGCCUCUUCAGUCUCCAAACGGCGCAGGUCUGCUCGAGGUGGCCAUUCUUCAAGUUCACCAGUGAUACUCAGCGGCGAUGAUUCCAACGAGCCAGUAGCUCCUUCGACCGCCAAGAGGCGCAGGCUAGCAAGGCCAGCCGCUGUGUCCAAAAGUGAUGACGACUCGGACGAGCCAUUGGCCUCCUCGCCAAUGAAGAGGCUCCGGCGUAGACAGGAGAAAGAAGGCCCCCAAGCUCCCCACACCCCCCGCCUCAUUUCGAAACAGGCCAGACUUGAUAUCGCAGAGGAUUUAGAGGACCUUCAAGAUUCAGUUGUCAAGAAAAGUCGAACUCGCGGCCGGAAUGUCGAAUCUGCCCGAGACAAGAGAAUGAAGCACCUUGAAGCCCUCCGUCGCAGACGGGCUGGUGUAAAAGACGAGGAUGAUGGAGAAGAGGGAGAUGAAGGAGAUGAAGGCGUGGACGAGGACGAAGACGAUUCGGAUGUGCAGGAGAUUAAACGACCCGGCAGUGAUGCCAGUCCCUCUGGUCGUGGACUCUGGCAGCAUCACAACGAUGACAGCGACAUCGAAUCAGCCAUCGACCCCAACGAGAACCUUGAUCGGUACGAAGACGACUUUGUUCUAGAUGACGAGGUGAACGAUCUCGGCGUGCCCACGGAGGAGAUCCCCUUCGAGUUCACCCGACAUGCAUAUAAGCAGCCGAAAGAAUACUUCCGCGACGUCAUCGGCUGGAUGGUGCAAAACAAACUCAACCCGGCCUUCCCUCGCUCUGACGACAUGUACAAGAUGGCAUUUAUGAAACUGGAAGAUGAAGUCAAGGGUCGGGCUGGUUCACAGCUAAUCUCUUCCGUUUGGAACGCCAGUUUUGUCUACGCCCUCCAGGCCCGGCCCCACAUUGAAAUCGCUGCAUUUCCCACAGAGGAAAACCAUCCCUGCGAUGCUUGCCGGCGUUCUGGACAUCCCGCUUCCAGUGAUAUAAAACUCUAUGGGAAGGCGUAUUCUCUGCAGACGCUAGAGCCGCUGGAAGAUGAGAAUGACAACAGCAACGGCAGUGAUGAGGAUUCCAAUAACAACGACGAUGGAAAGGAGCGGGACCGAGAUGGCCAUGUCAUUCCUCCCGAAAAUGUCCGGUAUUUCCUAGGAAAACAGUGCAAGGCGAGAGCCCAGCUCGCCCACACCCUCACCCACUGGCGCUACCAUCUCAAUGAAUGGGUGAUCGAUUUCCUGGAGCGUACUGGCCACAUGGAUGACGACGAAAUUCUCCGACGAAAUGACAUGAGCGUCAAGCGUAAGACGCGAAAUGCGAAUGAAGUCCUCGGCAGCAUGACUGGAACUGGUGAAGUCGAUAAGCUUUGGCGGGACUUCCAUAUUAAUCUCAAGUCUGCUCGCGAGAAAGAGACCCUUUCUUUUCAUGUAUUUAGUCCAUCCACGGAUGAUGAGAUGAUCACGACCAAAAGCUAG